AUCUGCAUGAUACAAUACAUAUUUUCAUUGAAAAUUACAACUUCACCUGACAUUACUUCGUUUAAGAUACCUGCAGGAAAGCAUACUCCCGGCCUUAUCCUUGUACUGGAACAUGGUGUUUUCCUGCAUACAUCAGGAAACUCAUGAAAGAACCAAACCUCCCGUUGGAGAUUAUCACUACGUUCUCGGUCCCUCGGGCUUCCCUCCAGCUCGGCAGGCAGGCGGGCGUCUGCAGCCCACAAACCCCUUUCCAGCUCCAUGGGCAGGCAGAGUGCUGCAGAUCCCGAGACCCCGCUCUAGCUCGGCGGGCAGAUGGGAUCCAGCAGCUCCUCAAGACCCUCCAUCCAUCCCGGUAGGCAGGAGGGUUCCUGAAGCCCCCGAAUCCCUCAUCCAUCUCAGUGGGCAGGCGGGCUCCUGCCCCCGCCCCACCGCUGCCCUGCCGGGCCGCCCGCCCCGCGCCGGCGGGGACUCUCCAUCCCGCUGGGAAGUUCGCUGCUCCACAGGUUUAAGCGUGUCGAAUUCGGUGUCUGCGUGGCAAGACGCGCCUAGAAUUUCCAAAGGCAGCCUGUCCAAAGCUUGCUGUAACUUCCCGUGCAUUAAACAAAAAGGGAGAGAAAAGGCUGCUUCUCGGUCGGAGAGGCUCGGGACCGGACCAAGACAAAGGACAUCCCGCCUGGGCAUCAACAUCUGCCGGGCAGAUUUUCAAGGAGCGGGAAUCGGCGAGCAGGGGGGAGCUCUCGCCUGCCGCGGCCACCGACCCCUCCGCAGCCGCCGCCGCGGCCUCGGGGCAGGGGGCCGGCGCGGGACGGGCCCGGCGGAGCCCGGGGGGCGCAGCAGCCGCGGCACCGCCGGUAACGGCCGGGCGGGAGCGGCCGCAGCCCCGCCGCCCCUCCGCGCCCUGCGGCGCCCGCCGAGACCCGCGGAGCUGCAGCCCGAGGUGAUGUGAACUACUGUGCAGCAGAAAUUUGGACUGGACGAUGAUCACCAGAGGUCCCUUGAGAACAUCUCUGCCGGGGCUGCUAUAGCGACGCGGAGGACGCCGGCGCCGAGCGGAGCCGCAGGGACGGAGCCCGGACAUGCCCUUCUCCCAGCGCACCUACCAGCCGCCGGCGGCCGGGCCCGGCGCGGGGCCCGCGGCGUUUCCCGCGUUCCAGUUCCGCGGGCGGCACGAGAACCCGGACUGGCGGCGGCUGAGCACCGUGGACGUGGAGCGGGUGGCGCGGGAGGGGGACGUGGCUGCCCUGCAGGCGCACCUGGAGCAUGUCACCUUCUGCAGCGCCGAGCGGGAGUGCUGCCCGCACUGCCAGGGCCCCGCAGACCCGCUGCUGCUGAAGCUGCUGCGCCUGGCGCAGCUCUCCACCGAGUACCUGCUGCACACACAGGAGUACCUCAGCGCCCAGCUCGGCAACCUGGAGGAGGCUCUGAGAGAGACACAGGCACAGCGUGACCAGCUGGGCAAGGAGGUGGCCCAGCGCUUGCAGGAGAUCCAGGGGCUGAAGGAGGAAUGCCGGCGGCGGAAGAAGAUGAUCAGCACCCAGCAGAUGAUGCUCGAGGCACGAGCCAACUACCACCAGUGUCCAUUUUGUGAUAAGGCUUUUAUGACCUAUUCCUUUUUACAAGGUCAUAUUCAAAGGCGUCACCCAGGAGAGUCUGAGAUCGAACAGAAGAAGAAAGGAAAUAUAGAAAAAAUGCAAGAUGAGAUUGAAAAACUGAAGGAGCAGUUGCAGUUCACCAAGUCCCAGUUAGAGUCUGAACAACAGGCUAAUUUGGCCAGGUUGUCUAAGGAAUGUGAGCAGCAAAAAUCAAAAGAAGAAGAGAUUCUACAAUCAUUUAAUAAAUGGAAAGAUGAGGAAAGAGAGAAAUUGGCUGAUCAAAUAGAAAAAGUGAAAGAUAUGUUUAUGAAAGAGCUUAAGGAGUUAUAUUCAAGAAACUCAACCUUAGAAAAUCAACUGUUAGAAUUACAGAAGUCCAAUACACAACAAAAAUCCAAUUUAGGAACACUGAAAGACGUCCAGGAAUUUAUAGAGGAGAAACCUCAGCGUCCUCAGGAACAUCCAGAUGUGGUUAGACUUCUGGAAAAACAGGAAAAAAAGUGGAUGUCUUUACUACAAGCCCUCCGUCAUGACCAUGACACAGAAAAGUCCCUGCUAAUGUCACAAAUUGAGACAAUCAAAACAUCAGCAAGAGAAGAUCUGAACAGAAAUAACAUCUUUUACAGGAAGAGGAUAGAAGAUUUGGAGCAAAGGCUUCAGGAUCAGAAUGAUCUGGUUAUUAGUCAGAAGAAGAAGAUAAAAGAAUUAUCCACGAAACCACCUCCGAGUGUUAAAACGUAUGAUGUGAGCACUUCUGUGGAGCGUCUUCAAGAACCUAAACCAUGUCCAUCAGUUCCCCCGCAGGAAACUGAGAAAGUUGAUCUAAAACCAGAUAGAAGUAACCACUAUUUAAUAAAUGCUCUGAAGUCUGAUCCUUCUUUAACUAAAGAAUUGCGAGUUGUUUUGGAGCAAGCUCUGGAAGAGAAGCUGGAAUCCUUGGGAAUUAAAGCAGGUGUUCGUGGAAUAUCAAGUGAUCGCUUAAAUAAGAUUUUGCGAGCUAUUGAACAUGCCAGAGAACGCAAAGAGAGGCUAGAGCCCAACAUUCAUGGAAUUCGAGAGCGUCUUCAACGUCAGCUUGGCUUAAGGGUUGAAGAGAAAUCAUUAUCUUCCAGCAGACCUGAUUCCUAUGCUCAGCUUCCUUAUGAAGAAAAACACAGGCUCAAUCCAUUGGGAAUUUCCUCAUUUGCCACACCUCAAAAACCAUCAAAGUGGUCGCCAUCAGCUGUCCGCCCACCUGGACAAAGAACAGUCAUCCCUGAGUAUAGUUCUACGCCAAAACCCAGGAAGAUUCUUGGAAGUGGAGUUUCCAGAAAGACACCUAGCAUCACAACACCACCAUUCAGUUCAGAGGAGGAAGCUGAUGAAGAUGAUAUGAAACACUCUUAUGUAACACCAGAGAAAUUGCAAAAGUGGUCAAAACCAUCAAGCAACAUAGUCCAUGCUUUUCAGAAGCCUUCUGGCAAAAGCAAUGGGGAUGCGAUGGAGGAAAAUGGAACUGAAGAAACUGGAACACCUGCCAAAACUCCUAAAGGAACCGUUAUUCAAAAACUGGCCAAACAAGUUGGAGAUACUCUUUCUAAUCAUGGAAAUAAGAACAAACCAGCUGGGGGAAUUAAUGUUGCACAGGCAUUUAUUAAGAAAGAAGAGGUGAAAGAACCAAAGCUCACAGAAGCUGUUGAAGAUGAUUGGGCUAUUUCAUCAGUAGAGGAAGACAUUUUAUCGAUGAAAGAUGACAGAGGUCAGAAGGGGAUGACAGUUCAGAAAAAUGAACCCAAUGCUGCAUCUGUAGUACAUGCAUGGGGCCUUCCCAAGAAAAAUGCACCAAAGGAGGAAGGCCUUCAUGAAGCUGAUAAUACAAGCACGUUAAAAAGCAGCUUAGUUACUGUGACAGACUGGAGUGAUUCUUCAGAUAUAUAAUUGUUCCAUUCCUAAUGGGAGACCCUCCUGGGAUUCAAAAUGCAGGUGAAAACAUCAAGUGUUUCCCAGUAACUUCUCUCAUUGGUCCUGUAAUAACAAGGAAUACUGUUUACAGAGCUCUUGUGUCUUUCAGUCUGACUCUGAAAAAGAAUAUUGAAAUAUGCAUUACUGGCCAUGUCUGUUUGGAAACCAAGUAAUUCUUCUCUCUCUUUGUGGCAGUCUAACCCCAGCCAAGCCCCACUCAGCCACUCACUCACUCUCUCACCUGUGGAACUGGGGAGAGACUUGGAAGAGUAAAAGUGAGAAAACUCGUGGGUGGAGAUCAAGGCAGUUCAGUAGGGAGAGCAAAAGCCACACAAGCAAGCAAAGCAAAACAAGGAAUUCCUUCACUGCUCCCCAUGGGCAGACAGGUGUUCAGCCAUCCCUGGAAGGCAGGGCCCCAUCACGUGUAAUGGGGACUUGGGAAGAUAAACCACUCCAAGUGUCUUCCUCUUCCUCCUUCUUCCCCCACUGUACAUAUUGAGCAUGAUGUCACAUGGUCUGGAAUGUCCCUUUGGUCAGUUUGAGUCACCUGCCCCACCUGUGUCCCCUCCAAACCUCCUGUGCACCCCGUUUCCUCACCGAUGUGGUGGUAUGAUAAACAGAAAAGGCUCUGUGCAAGCCCUACUCAGCAAUACCAAAAACAUCUCUAUUAUCAACUCUGUGUCCAGCACAAAUCCAAGACACAGCCCCAUACCAGCCACGGUGAAGUAGAUUACCUCUACCCCAGCCAAAACCAGCACACUCAUGAGUUCAGUGGUGAAGAUCUCUUUCAUUUCUCUGAGGUGAAGGUUUUGCCUCUAAUGUUUACAUUAAAGAUUGAAACUGGUCUUGCAAGAAAGCCUGUUAAGCAAUGAACAGAAUAUACUGCAGAGUAUUACUUUAUACAAUUUUUAAUGCAUAUUUUCUUGUAUUUUAUCAUGAACUUUAUAUAAAAUUGUCAACAUUAUAAAGAAAAUACGUCCAUGUAUUAAACUAUCAAGUUUCUACCAUGGUUUGCAAUAAAUACCAAAUGAAAAGAAAAAGGCCUCAGCUCUAAAUCUAAUCAUCAUUAAAUGCCUUCUAUAUGGGGAAGUUGGUUUGUUGGGUUGUUUUGUUUUUUUUUUUGUAUUGGAGUUGAGUCUUUGUUAGUAUAAAAGGACAACAACUGGAAAAAAAUUACAAUGCCAAGCCACAAUAAGGAAAGCACUGACCUGCCAUUGCAGAAGUACUUGACAUUUGUAGUUUGUCAUAUUGGCUGCCUUCUUAAAAUAACAAAGUAGUAUUUCUACUCAAAUGAAGUACAAAAAUAACAUAAAACAAAAAGAACCUUGAUUUUGUAGUUCUAAUGUAA